CCCGCAGAACCGAAAAAGAGUCUUGGACAGAAGCCUGUAUUUCCAGCCUUCGGCUUUGUGAACUUGACUUUGGCAGAGGCACGCAUGGUCAAUCAUGACACCAGAGAGUUGAAAUUCAAGCUGCCUGAGGACGAAGCUGCAAGCGGGUUGAGUCCCGUGUCAUCACUUCUGACACGCCACACUGCCGCCGGCUCAUGGUUUCCGACUCUUCGUCCUUAUACACCCAUCAGCACUCCAGACAGCCCUUACAUUACCCUGCUUGUAAAGCAAUAUCCAAAUGGUCGCGCCUCAACACAUCUUCACAAACUUGAGCCUGGCCAAACCCUCAGUGUCAAGUCAAUUCCCGAGUUAUCAUACAAGCAGAACCAAUAUAAGCAUCUUGUACUCGUCGCUGGAGGUGCAGGCAUCACCCCCAUGUUCCAAGCUCUGCGUAGCGUUCUGGACAACCCGGAGGACAAGACCCGCGUCAGUCUUGUCUACGCCAACAAGACAGAACCUGAUAUCCUGUUGAAGACAGAGCUUGAUGAUUUGGCUAGUCGAUACCCUCAAAGAUUCACGACAACCUAUGUGGUCAACGAUAGCAGGGUAACUGAUAAAAGCCUGGAGAAAGGCUAUGUGACAAAAGACAUUCUAAGCAAGGCGCUACCUGCAGAGAUCGACGGCGAUGAUAUCAAGAUCAUGGUGUGCGGUCCUCCGGCUAUGUUGAACGCCGUCGCUGGCGCGAAGGGUGGCAUGGGUUGGGCACAGGGCAAAUUGGGCGGUAUGCUCAAAGAUUUGGGUUUUACUGAGAAGCAGGUACACAAGUUUUGAGCAGAAAAAUGUUGCAAAACUUCGAAAUUUUGGUUAUGUUUCGAGGUUUUACGCAACGACAACUAGUUGUUAAACACUUGUAAAAACAUAUCUUAUACUACAAAGUAGACGCUUUAUGUUUAUCUAUUUU